UUCCAUGAAACCAUCCACAGCUUCGUAUUUUCCAAUGCUUCAUUGUUCACCCCUCUUCUCUCUAUAAAAACCCUCUCUCUCUGACUCUAGUUCUCAUGUGCUUACCUUCUUCCAAUACGUCCUCAAACCCUAGAUUUCUAUAGCCGACCUCGGACGGUAGCACGGAGUAAUCGCUUCGGAGAAUCUAGGUCGCAGACCACAACAUUAAAAAUACUGCAAAAUGGUUGAUAACCAUUCAACCUCUGAUUCUCCUGCUGAAAACCAAAACCCUAAUCCUGGUGGGAAUUUAGCUUCUGAGAGUGACAUCACAACUGAUGAACUAACCCGAAAGGUUCAAGAAUCUCUUUCUCUAGCAAAGACACACAAGUUUUGGGAAACUCAACCUGUUGGGCAGUUCAAGGAUAUUGGGGGAACGAGUUUGCCUGAAGGCCCAAUCGAACCUCCUACACCCUUGGCUGAAGUCAAACAAAAUGGGAAUUUAGCUUCUGAGAGUGACAUCACAAUUAAUGAACUAGCCCGAAAGGUUCAAGAAUCUCUUUCUCUAGCAAAGAAGCACAAGUUUUGGGAAACUCAACCUGUUGGGCAGUUCAAGGAUCUUGGGGACACAAGUUUGCCUGAAGGCCCAAUUGAACCUCCUACACCCUUGGCUGAAGUCAAACAAGAACCUUAUAAUCUUCCGAAUCUCUAUGAAUGGAUUACUUGUGACAUGGAUUCUGAAGAGAUGUGCACAGAGGUUUAUAACCUCCUUACCAACAACUAUGUCGAGGAUGAUGAGAACAUGUUCAGAUUUAACUAUUCAAAGGAGUUCCUUCAAUGGGCACUUCGCCCUCCGGGUUAUUUUAGGAGCUGGCACAUUGGAGUGUGUGUCAAAAGUUCAAAAAAGUUGGUUGCUUUUAUUACUGGGGUUCCUGCAAAAAUCCGGGUCCGGGGUACUGUUGUUAUCAUGGCAGAGAUUAAUUUCCUGUGUGUUCAUAAGAAGCUUAGAUCAAAAAGACUUGCCCCCGUUAUGAUUAAAGAGGUAACUAGGAGGGUUCACUUGGAAAAUAUCUGGCAAGCAGCGUAUACUGCUGGGGUGAUUCUUCCGACACCCAUGUCAACCUGCCAAUAUUGGCAUAGAUCUUUAAAUCCGAAGAAGCUUAUAGAUGUAGGGUUUUCAAGGCUUGGUGCGAGGAUGACGAUGAGCCGAACAAUAAAGCUGUACAAGUUACCAGACUCAACAGUCACUCCUGGGUUUAGAAAGAUGGAGCCCCACGAUGUUCCUGCAGUUACACGUCUGCUUAAAAAUUACUUGGGUCAGUUUAUCGUUGCACCUGACUUUGAUGAAGAUGAUGUGCGGCACUGGCUUCUUCCAAAGGAGAAUGUCGUGGACAGUUACCUGGUUGAAAGUCCUGAGACUCAUGAGAUCACCGAUUACUGCAGUUUUUACACACUUCCCUCAUCUAUCCUUGGCCACCAGAAUUACUCGACUUUGAAGGCUGCUUAUUCUUACUAUAAUGUUUCUACAAAGACUCCAUUGCUUCAGCUGAUGAAUGAUGCUCUCAUCGUGGCAAAACGGAAUGAUUAUGAUGUCUUCAAUGCAUUAGAUGUUAUGCAAAAUGAAUCUUUCUUGAAAGAACUGAAAUUUGGACCAGGUGAUGGGAAACUCCACUAUUAUCUCUACAACUAUCGGAUAAACCAUGUUUUGAGACCAUCAGAGCUUGGGCUUGUGCUCUUAUAGUUUGAGCUCUGAAAUCCAAUUAUUGUCACCAGUAGAAGCAAAAAGGUCAAGUAUGCUGAUUGUUUAGUUUCAAGGUAAAGUCUGAUACCCUGUUAUACGUUAUUGGCAAUCUAUGUUAGAUUUUUUAUUUUACUGUUUCUUCUAAAGAUAAAUUUUGAGAACUUCUCUGAGUCUCGUGGGCAGUUAUUUAAUAUUGAGCUUGUCAGUAUUGUUAGAACUGAGAGAAUUUUGUAUCUCAAACAAUUAUUUCAUUAUCUGUUUUCUGCUGGUUUAACAUCUCAUUUGCUGGUCACCAUACUUGACCAAUUCCCCAUGCAGUAGUUAUGAUAUAUUUCUUUUGGUCGGACAA